GGGGAGGAAGGCAUACUUACCUGGCAGGGGAGACACCAUGAUCAGCAAGGUGGUUUUCCCAGGGCGAGGCUUGCCCAUUGCACUGCGGGCGUGCUGACCCCUGCGAUUUCCCCACAUGUGGGAAACUCGACUGCAUAAUUUGUGGUAGUGGGGGACUGCGUUCGCGCUCUCCUCUGGUCAGCGGUCUUUCAAAGACAGAUGUUUGAGUGCUUCGUUGCUUUGCUUUUUCUUCUUUUUUUUUACUUUUAGGUGUCUCUUCACAGCAGAGUGGAUUGUUGUUUUGUAGGCAGUUCUUUACUUGUCCUAUCUUUGCUGUUGGUCUCCUGUGUGGUUGGUUGUGUCUCACUUUUGGCGGUGGGAGCAAUGUCCCUUGGGGGGUUUGAACUGGUCACCCUGAUCCUGCUACAAAGGCUUUUUUACGGUUUUUUUUGCCUUUGUAAAAAAGACCGGAGGGCUCUGACGUCUCACCACACACGUGGCGCCAGGACUGCAAGUGGGAGCUCACCACCUGACCUCAGCUGGGUUAUGAGCUGGAGCCCAAGUCAGAGGCUUAACCAACUGAGCCUCCUAGGCGCCCCACGUGUUCGCAUUUCUUAGGGAUGGCCUCAGUGCUUUCUCUGCAGGAGGGGAGGGAAGUGGGGCUGCAGUGCUCAACCAUUGCCUGGCUUCCCCAUUUUCUGCCAGCAGGUACAAGGGAGCUCCCAGGAGCCUAAGGCCAGUGCUACUCAGAGGUGUCUUUGGGGAAAAAAAAAGAGAAAAAAGAAAAUCACUCCGGGGCUGCCUGGGUAGCUGAGUGGCUGAGCGUCCCACUUUGGCCCAGGUCAUGAUCUCAGGGUUCCUGAGUUUAAGACCCACCUCCUGCUCUGGGCUGACAGCUCUGAGCCUGGAGCCUGCUUUGCAUUACUUGGCUCCCUCUCUGCACUGCGCGCGCUCUCUCUUUCAAAAAAUAAAUAAGAACCAUUAAAAAAAAGAGAAGAAAAACACUCUGGAAGGAGGGGAUUAUAUGGAAAAGACAAAAAGAAUCACAGGGGGAUUUGGUUGGGUUCCCACAGGGUCCCCAUGGGUUGGGGGAAAGGGGACUCUCACACAACAGGAACUCAGGAAACAUGCACACAGGGAUUGGAGCAUAUGGAAGGCAUUUCACACAUCUGUAAACAUUUUGCCUCACGUGGAAAUCGUGGUAUGUGCUUGGCCGUCAUAAGGUGCCUGAAUCAGGAAAUCUGGAGGUACUCUCCCUGAGGAAAGGAUGGGGCAACUACCUUUGUCCUUGCAGAUCCAGAGCCUUUCUGAGCCCUGAGAGAAUCUUACGUGUUGACUGACAUUCCAAUUCAAGAUCAACGCAGAGACCCUACACUUUUAAGUUUGUUGGGUUUCCCGUGUGUGGCCAGAGGUCCCCUGGCGGAGAACAGUUGACACGCGGAGUACAGAAGUAGGCCAAGAAACAGAAUAUUACCUGGAUAUACCACAUUACUUACCGCCCUCACUAGUCUCACCGAACAUGGGAGUGGGCAUUUCAAUACCUGGUAUUCAACGAGGUUUAUGGAAAAAAAAAAAAAAAAAAAGGAAAGUUUGGGUUAAUAGUUUAAAUUGUUGUGUCCACAUUGAAUUCCAUGGGCAGUGAAGAAAGUUUUCUAGGUUCUGAGUGUGGAAAUGAGGGGCUAAAGGAUAAAAAACUAUUUUACAACUCAAUGUAACUUUGGUAACUUAGUAUCUUUCACACUUGACACAGUUUUCUUUCAUUUUGUCUGAUGCCCUGCUCCCGUGAGUAAGUCUAAAUGUAUCUGUACAAGAAAGCUGCUAUCAAUACGAAACGUAAAAUCCAUACCAUUGCGUUUGGCCCUGCUUAUUCCUAACGGUGUUUUAGGCUGGUUUCUAACUGCUUGUAGCCACGUUAUGGCUCACUCUGAAGGCAGCCCAUUCUAGCCACAGGCACACUUCUCCUUGGCCCACCUCUAGUCUAGGUUAAGCAGACCGUCUGAGCUGGCUCCCUCACUGGGGGAAGGAUGUAGGUCAAGCAGGUAAUAAAGGGAAAUGGAGAGAGGAUGCUUAAACCAGGCAUUGUCAUGAGUGGGAUGGACAAUGUGGGAGGACUAUGGCAAUGCUAAAAUAACAUGCCUGGCGAUAUCUCUCUCACUCGCUCGCUCUCUCUCUCUCUCUGUCUCUCUCUGCAAACUUGCACUGCCCAAUGAGCAAUGCUGGGAGAAACCAUUGUAUCCCUUCUCGGAGGAAGAAAAUUGGAUUCCUGCUGAUUUAUAAGCUCAGCCUAAACACUCCACCCAGACAAUUUGGACAGAAGAACAGGAACUGGGUUCCUUGCAGUUGCUCAGUUCCUUCAGUGACGCUGGCCUGGAAAGAAAGAAAGUCAAAAGAAGAGGAGAGGUUGCAUUGAAAAGACUUUGGGGGAACAUAAUACAGUGGCUGUUACAUUGCUCUCCUUGAAUUGAUUUGCCUGUGCGGUCCUGCAGAUCAGAAGUCUGGAUGACGAGGCUGCUUCUCUGCUCACAGAAUUGAUGAGAAGAGAAUAAAAGGACAGAGGUCUUCAUGAAGAAAUGACCUCCAUGAGGGAUGACAUCCCCCAGUGAAUGGAGUAGAGGAGGAAACUAUAGGGCAGUGGAGGUGCUAAAAGCCCAGAUCACAGAAGCAGGACCCACUUCCCAGAAAUGUCCCCAUUUCCCAUUGAAAGCCAUCUUGAAUGAGGGACUUGAUCUCAAUGCUGAAUCAGUCUGGAGCCCGGCUGAGCCCACACUGGAAACAGAGGACCGAGGGAGCCGAUGGAAGACAGAAAAUCAGCAGGUGUGGAGCAUGAGAAUAACCCGGAGAAGGACAAAGAGCAGAGGAUUGGAGUGGGGGUCCAGGCCCAGGACCUCUCUUCCCAAUGACAGAGUGAGCCAUUGAGAGGAAUCCCCGAGGAGAAACCCGUCUUCAUCAGAGCUCACCACAGGGCAGUGUCCUGGGACAUGGAGAAGCUGGGUGACCUGCCUUGGCCCAACAGCCCUGGAGCCUCAGCCAGAUUUCAGCCUUUUAGGACACAACUGACACCCGGGGUGCAUGGUGGCUCCAACCAGUCAACACUGCCAAGAUGUCCAGAGGAAACGGCUGGCAUCUGUAGCUACUACCCACUAUGUCUUGGCCAGCUGGAGAAACAGAGGCAACUUCACUAAAUCUCAUAGGGUCAUCCUCUCCAUAAUGACCCGUGAUGAUCUGUCUUCCUCUCUGCUGCUGACUCUCCAGUGCUGUGGGGUGUUGUUCAAGUUGUUCCCAAUAUCCCCAUUCUACCUCUUCUGCCACAUGUCACCAUGGCAGCACCUCUUGACCCGGUGUCUGAUCCAGGGACAGAAAUGAGCCUCCUGGAACUCAACCAGGAGCUUCAAUCCAAGCUGGAAGCAAGCCAGCAGGACUUCCGAGACCUCAGAGAGAAAUUCCUUGUAUCCGAAGCUACUGCCUACUCCCUGGCCAACCAGCUGCAGAAAUAUAAGUGUGAAGAGUUGAAAGACAUCAUCCAAUCCGUGCUGGGGGAGACGCUGCAGUGUAAGCAGGGGAAGUUGGCAGAGACCUUGACCGAGAAGCUCAGGCAAUAUCAUAUCCUGAUUAAAGCUCAGGCUGCAGAGCUGACCCAGUUGUGGCAGAAGUUACGGGAAGGGAGAGAAGUUUCUGAGCCAGUCGAUCAGCACCUCAAGGACCUCCUCACCCACGACGACCCCGAGCGUUCCCAAGGCCAGGGCUUCCAGGAGCAAGUGGCCGAGGGACGCAGGCUGGCAGAGUGCCUUGCCCGCCAGCUCAGCCCCGAAGAUGAGGAGAAGGAGGAGGAGGAGGAGGAUGAACAAGCAGAAGAAUCCCUCACCACCAGCAUGGAGCUUCCGGAAGCUGAAAAGAAGGAAGUCCUCCAGGACACGCUGAAUGAAUGUGUUUUGACACCUUCCAUUGGCCAAGAAGGGCGUGACUGCUACCAGCCUUACAGGGAUGGCACGUUCCCAUCGGAUAAACAGGAAUUCGGCUCUGCUCUGGAUGUAGCCUGUGAAUGCUCCCAUUCCAAAGGGGAUGAAACUCCACCCGGUUCCCCAGACAACCAAAUGGGUCACGAGGGGCUGAAAGGGCGAGAGUCAGAUGCCCCCAGGCUCAGUAGACUGCUGCUAGAGGUGGUGGAGGAGGAAAUCACAUGGGACUCUCUGGAUGAACGCUACUGGACAUAUUCGGUUCUUCCUGACCUGUCUGACUCCUACUGGCCUUACAGGAGCACCGCCAUCUUCUUCCCUGAGGAACUGGAAGUCUCUUCUGCUCUGGAAAUGGCCAAAAAUCACACCCAUCAAGAGGAGGAACAAGACCAAGACCUGACAUGCACCAGGUUCGGCAGGGAGCUGCAGGAGAAUGCAGAGCAGGAUGUCCAACAGGACUCACUGGAUGAACGCUAUUUGACUUACUCAGCUCUGCCUGACCUAUCUGAUUCCCCCUGGACACACAGGAGGGCCAACAUCAACUCAUAUGAGGAUCUGGAUGUCUGUCCUGCUCUGGAAGCAGCUAACAAUCAUAAUGAUCUUUGCGAUGAAGAAGACCAGGACCCGACAUGCCCCAGCAACACCAGGCUCUGCAGGGAGCUGCCAGUGGCCCCAGAGGAUGAAGUGCCACAGGACUCAGUGGGGGAAUGCAAUUUGACUGCUUCCGUUGGCCAUGACCUGUCAGACACCUAUAGGCCUUAUAGGAGUGCCUCAUUCACCUUUGACAAACAGGAAGUCUUCUUGGGCGUGGAUGUAGAUGCCCCGAUGCAGGUGCCCGGUCCCCAAGGGCCAUCGAGUGGAAACUUGACUUUCCCAAGGACGGAGGUGCAAGCUUCACAAGCACCGCCACAGUCAGAUACCCAGGUGGCCAAUUCUGUGCCAGGGCAGCCGGACCAGCAGUUGGCUUGUGGUGACCGCAGAGCCAGGCUCCGCCCCUCCCCCGCCAUCAGGAGACUGGCAGCCACGAUGGUUUCUGGGAGCCAACGGCCGCUCUUCCAAGAGCAGGGUUUGGAAGCUUCCAUGGGUGUGAAGAUCCCUCCCAAGCUGGAGGGUGACGCUGCUGAGGGCUCGGUGGCCAACCAGUGUGCAGGUCAAGUCUUUGGCCACGUUAAUGCCCUGGGUGUGAUGAAACAGAAGAUGAUCAAGAGAAAAGUGCAGUUCGGCGAGGGCAGACUCGCGUGCAGAUUCCGUGGCAUUCAAGCUUAGGGCACAGAGAUACCAAGGACUUCAGGAACUAAGAAAAGAUACUCCUCAUUUAAACGAAACCCCAUCAUAAAACCCCAUCAUUCUCCACUUGCUGAAAAGAACUCUAAAGCAGCAAAUCAAGCUAAAGCCCAAACAGAACAUGCGAGGGAUCCUUUGCUGAGAAUCGACAUCUCGAUCACAAGCCACUCUCUGGGAUUUUUACUCCAAAAGUCUGGUUUCAUGAGAGGAAUUCUCGCUCUUCUGACUCCAGUCGUGAUAAGUCGCCGAGGCAACCAAUGCCCAGACCACACGCCCUUGUGAGACACCUUCAGUCUGGCCCCUCUCCAUUCCAUCCUGCGGAUAAGCAGAGGCUGGAGCAACGUGGCAAUAGACCCCAUGUCAAACUGGACAUUCUGGGCCACCAGCUGGGCUGUGCCAGGAGCAGACAGCAUUAAGUACGCAGCGUUCUUGCUGAAGAGGCUUAGCCUGAAUCUGAGCAUGAGGUAGGGAUCAGAAAACUGCAGAAUUUUGACCAUGGAACAAGACAUCGGGCCUGUCUUUCUUCAAACAGCCAGUGUCCACAGCACAAAUAAGACGACAAAAAGGAGAAGAGAUACGUUGGGUUCCAAAGGACUCAGAAGAUUGUGCUAUCGUAAUUUUGUAGUCCUUUCGAACCCCAAACAUCUCCUCACCUUUCUGUGGCUGUCUCUGGUGGUGGUGACACUUCCUUGUCUGUAGGGGACAGGCCAGAUGUCUGGCUUGAUGGUCUACAUCCUGAAGGUGUCUGAUCACUUCCUCCUGAUUAAAUUCAGUCUAACCUUUUCCCGGGUCGUUCCCUCGUGAAUGCAGUGUGUGUCCCAGCCCCGCCCACCCAGAGACCCAGAGCCUCCAGUCUGCCAUCACCAUCAUUGUGAGAGCAGCACUGGUUGCCUUCUAUGGGGGGCCUAGCAGAUCGUUCAUGGUCUUCUGUUUGGGUGUAACAUCUGAGACUGUGUGAAGAUGCUCUCUCUAAAGUCUGUCUCUACAAUGUUACCAUCUUUUAGUGAUCCCUGCAGUGUGUCACAACCGUAUCUGUUUGUAUGUUGGAAAAACUCUAGUUGUAUCAUCCUUGUGUAUGUGUAUUUGCUGGCAUUGUGCCGUGGAAAAGAACACUCCCUCCCCGUUC